GUCCGUUUUCCAUGGUGCUCUGCGCCGCUGCUUGGCGACGGUGCAGCCGGGCGCAGCGUGUGGGAGACGGAGGCGUGGCUGACGCGGCUGGGCUGGUCCCUUUAGGGCCGGAGGCAGGGUGUGGCCGGCCGGGUCCGUAAAUCUCCUCACCGCGCCGCAAGGGGCCGCGUUUUACCACUUCUUUUAGCAACCCUAAGCUGUUUGGAAUCCGCUUUGCUCUUACAGGACCUCAGCCCGUCGUGAUUAGAUUCUCGCACUUUUUUUUUCUUUCCUGGAAUGGAGCGGGCAAUCUUUUUCCAUCUCUACCGAAGUUGAUGUUCAUUUUUAAUAUUUUCGCCCCUCACACCUUUGUAAUAAUGAGGACUAGAAUGCUGCAGGGUUGGCCUUUGGCCUAAACCAUUUCUAGGUAUGGACUUGCCAGAUGAGAGCCAGUGGGAUGAAACCACCUGUGGCUCUGCUGUUUGUCAGCACCCACAAUGCUGGGCAACUGUCCGCCGCAUUGAAAGGGGCCAUCCUCGAAUCCUUGGCUCAACCUGCAAAACUCCCCUGGAUGCUGAAGAUAAACUCCCAGUGCUCACCGUGGUAAACAUCUCGGAUUCCUGCGUUGCACCUCGUCAUCUACCAGAAUGUACCGUUACUAAGGCCCGUUCUUUAUUGUCUCGGAGUUCAAAGUUUUACUCCAAAUUUCAUGACAGGCCUCCGAAGGGUUUACCUGACAAACGUUUGAUCAACUGUACUAAUAGACUUCCUAAACUUCCAGUGUUGAAUUUGAAUGAGACGCAACUUCCCUGCCCUGAAGAUGUUAGAAAUAUGGUUGUAUUGUGGAUCCCAGAAGAAACAGAGAUACAUGGGAGCCAGCAUGGGAAGAAGAAAAGAAAGAACUUGACAGUGAAAAGCAAGUCAUUUCUGGGUCUCUCCGGAAAUCAGUCCGCAGAAACACGAGUAGGAACUCCAGAGAUGACUGUGCCUCCCCCAACCCCAGUGCAAUUGUCUAAACAAUUCAGUUCAGAUUUCCUGCCUCUCUGGGCUCAAUCCGAAGCAUUACCUCAGGAUCUACUGAAGGAACUUUUGCCAGAUAGAAAGCAAACCAUGCCUUGUCUGGAGAUGAAGAUAAAAUUGGCCAUGAUGAAAAAGAAUCUUCCCUUGGAAAGGAACCGACCUGACAGUGCGAUUUCUUCUAAGAUGUUUCUAUCUAUACACCGCCUCACCCUGGAAAGACCCGCACUGCGAUAUCCUGAACGUUUGAAGAAAUUACAUAACCUGAAGACAGAAGGUUACAGGAAACAGCAGCAGUGGCAGCAGCAGCAACAGAGGAAAGUGAAAACACCUAUUAAGAAACAGGAGGCUAAAAAGAAAGCCAAGAGUGAUCCAGGGAGCCAGAGCACUUCACAUAAACAUCCAGUUACCACUGUUCAUGACCCUCUCUAUGGUUACAGAACUCUGCCAGGUCAGAACAGUGACAUGAAGCAGCAGCAGCAGAUGGAAAAAGGAACCACCUCGAAACAGGAUUCCACAGAGAGACGAAAGAUGGACUACUGUGACCAUGUGGAUUUCCACCACAAUGUAAAAAGUCCUGAAUUGUAUGAAACAGAACCCACUAACAAGGACAUUAGUGCUCCGGUGGAAGCUGUGCUAGAAGCCCAGGCUGCCAGGCAAAAGAAGAUCUCCUUUAACUUUUCAGAAAUCAUGGUUAGAACAGGCUGGAACUCUGAGCUCAAACUACUGAGGAUUCUUCAGGAGACUGAUGAUGAGGAUGAGGAGAACCAGUACUCUGAGGCAGAGAAGCCUCUGGAGGAAUAGACUGAAGGCAUCCCCUGGGGCAGCCGUGUUCCAAAGUGGGAUGGUUGGUAUCCUGAGGGCAGCAACGUUUCACGUAAGGGCAAGAGGAGAGGGGCUUCUGCUCUCUGGAGCCUUUACCAGGGCCUGAGAUCUGAACUUAGGGAUUCAGUUUUCUUUGUUCACCUCUACUUGCCUCUAAAAUAAAUGUAGGAGAAAAA